UUGGCUCACUAUUUGCUCGAUGGUUGCCACUGUCGGGUUUCGUAGUUUCGACAGUUCAGCAUCCUAAUCAGUCUUUACAGUGAUUAUAGAGAGAAAGGUAUAUUGAUACCUUUGCAAAAUUUUUUACGACGAACGUGAAGGUGUUCAUGUAAAAAGUUCUAAAGGGAAUAUAAGUCAAAAGAACUAAAAAAAGACAAUGUUGAAUCUUUGCCGUCAAGCGUUAAUAAUUAACAGUCAAAAAGUUGGUACAAGAUGUUUAGGAACAAUUAUACCAUUGCCAAAUCCUGCUGAAUUUCCUUUGGAAAAUGAACCUGUCCUUAAUUAUAAAAAAGGUAGCCCUGAAAGGGUAGAAUUGGAGAGAGCUUUGGAUAAAAUGUCCAGUGAUUGUGAGGAAGUACCCCUGGUUAUUGGAAAUGAAGAAAUUAAAACAGAUUUAUGUAGAUAUCAAGUUAUGCCACAUAAUCAUAAAGCAAAGGUUGCAAAAUAUCAUUGGGCAACACCUGAUCUAGUCAAAAAGGCAAUAGAUGUUGCUGUAAAGGCUCAGCGUGAAUGGGAAAAAUGUCCAUUUGAACAGCGUUUAGAAAUCUGGUUGAGGGCAGCUGAUUUGAUGGCAACAAAAUACAGACAGCAAUUAAAUGCUGCUACAAUGCUCGGACAGAGCAAAUCUGUUAUUCAAGCAGAAAUCGAUAGUGCAGCAGAAUUAGUUGAUUUUUUUAGAAUGCAUGCAUAUUUUGCCAAAGAGGCUUUAAAAUAUCAACCAAUUUCAACCAAUUCUAAAGAAACAUUAAAUUCAAUGAGAUAUAGAGGAAUGGAUGGUUUUGUUGCAGCAGUAUCACCAUUCAACUUUACUGCCAUUGGUGGUAAUCUUAGCUAUACACCUGCUUUAAUGGGUAACGCAGUACUCUGGAAGCCAUCUGAUACAGCUUUACUUUCUAACUGGUGGAUUUUUAAGAUAUGUAAAGAAGCUGGUGUACCACCAGGUGUAGUCAAUUUUGUUCCAUGUGAAGGUCCCGUUUUUGGUGACACUAUAACUGCUUCACCUUAUCUAUCCGGGAUUAAUUUUACCGGAUCAGUUCCCACGUUUAAUCGUUUGUGGAUGCAAACUGGCAAAAAUCUGGGGAAGUAUAAGAAUUACCCCAAAUUAAUAGGCGAAUGUGGCGGAAAAAAUUAUCAUUUCGUACACGCGAGUGCUGAUGUAGAGUCAGUUAUUAAUGGGACCAUACGAAGCGCUUUUGAAUAUAAUGGUCAAAAAUGUUCAGCUUGCAGUAGAAUGUAUGUUCCAGAAUCAUUGUGGCCAAAGAUAAAGGAAGGCCUUUUAUCGCUUCGUGACUCACUUAAGAUUGGCGACGUCAGAGAUUUUACCGUGUUUACCGGAGCCGUUAUAGAUGCUACUGCAUUUAAAAGAAUUUCUGGUUAUAUCAAACAUGCCAAAAAAUCGCCUAAUUUAAAAAUUAUCGGCGGUGGGAAAUAUGAUGAUUCGGUUGGAUACUUCAUUGAUCCGACAAUAGUAGAAACAAAAGACCCUACAGAUAAGAUAAUAACAGAGGAAAUAUUUGGCCCUGUAUUAACAAUAUACGUUUAUAAAGAUUCAAACCUCGAUGAAACGAUGAAAUUGGUAGAAUCCUCGACACCUUAUGCUUUAACUGGAUCGAUAUUCUCGCAAGACGAAAAAUGGGCGAGAAGAGCUCUCGAAGAAUUUAAAUAUACAGCUGGCAAUUUCUAUGUUAAUGAUAAAUCGACAGGCUCGGUCGUUGGUCAGCAACCAUUCGGUGGUAGUAGAAUGUCUGGAACAAAUGAUAAGGCUGGCGGACCUCAUUACGUUCUUCGUUGGGCAUCGCCACAGUCAAUCAAAGAAACAUUUGUUCCUUUGCGUGAAUACGAUUAUCCAUAUAUGAGGUCUUAGAUGCUUAUAGCUCAUAUGCUUUCCCGUAUGAUCCAUAUGCACCGUCUUCGUGUCUGCAGUAUUGUGUUAAAUUUCUGUGUUUUGGUCCACAGAUUGAACAUAAGUAAGUAGAACGUAGCAUUUAAAGAUGGGUAUAUAGAUGAUUUGAUCAUGGUCCAGACACUUUCAAUGGCAAUCAAAUUGAGUGAAUUAUUCAAUCAUGAAUACUUUUUAGCUUAGUAUCCUCGUGCCACUUUCAUUGCUAAGAUUUCGUAUUAGUAUUUAUGAAUUGUUUCUUAUUGUUGAAAUUAAAAACAACUCGCCAUUUAUUUGAUACAAUACAUGAGUAUAUGAUAUACGUAUCAUAACUAAAACAGGUUUCUACACGUAACCCGAAUUCGAUGACCUGAAACGUCUAGAGCAAAUUUCGUAUUUUUUAUGUAAACUUAUCAGCUGGAGAACAAAUUACCUCCUCUUUCUCCUCCUCCUCCCCUCCCCCUCUCACGUCCUGAUCGUACCAUUUGCAUUUUUCACAGUUCCUCGUUUCCCUUCGUUACUUGGUUGCUGGAACUUUACCUUCCGUCAUUUCCACUCGACUCUCUUUCGCUCCUCCCGUUCAUUCCUUCUUUUUUCUCUUUCUAUUUCUUUCUCUUUCACGGCACGUCGAUGGCGCCGCUUUGACGAGCCCUGGAAUGGGGUUGACAUUGGAAGACAUCGACGGAAGAAGUGGGAUUCGAUGGCUUAGGAGAAAUCGUCGUUAAUGGCUUUGCUGAAGGAUUUCCUGGCGUUCUCGGUGCUUUUUUACGAGUUUUCCGGGCGCGACGAUCUAAAGCGCUCACUCAAAUCAAGAUUUUCACCUUUUCAACGGCAGAUGAGGCGGAUGGCCAACCGUCCUCGCCUUGACGCGACGCCGUUUUUUCUUCAUCCAUCUUUCGCCGCUUUUCGUCCUCCACGAUCCAUCCUUUCUUUCCUUUCUCUAGUUGAGCCCUUUCAGGACUUCCCCCCGCCGCUUCUUUUUUCCGUGCUCGACUAAAUGACUUGUUUUUUCGAGUUCUGCUUGGAUCAUCUUGUAGCGGGAGGACGAAGGUCCCGUCUUUUGCCCGGUAAUCUGAAAUUGACGUAAUGAUGAUGGAUGCACGGUCACGAAAUUAAUCGCUCCGUUUUCAAUAUCCUUGGCUACUGGUCCUACGUUCAUCAUAAGAGAGAACCGAUAGUAUUACUCGAAGAUAUCGUAGAAAUGUUGAAUUGAAAAUGUUGUGGAAAUUAUUCAGCAACGCGGAUAAAUGUAUAAAAUGUAAAUUGAAACGCUCACUUAAAUAAUUAUUUCGUUCGUAACAGAA